AUGCAUCAACAAACUCCAAAUUUGCAUAAGCUAGCUAUUAAAAUUUUGAGUUUGACUUGCAAUGCUUUAGGAUGUGAAAGAAAUUGGAGUGUGUUUGAGCAAAUUCAUUCCAAAAAAAGAAAUAGGCUUGAGCACAAGAGGUUGCAUGAUUUGGUGUUUGUCAAAUACAACCAACAAUUGAAGCAAAGGUAUAAUGCAAGAGAUGAAAUUGAUCCAAUUUCUCUUAAUGAUAUUGAUGUGUGCAAUGAAUGGCUUGUGGGAGAGAUGGAUCAAGAUGAUGAUAAUGAUGCUGGAAAUGAUUUGGUAUUUGAAGAUGAUGAUACUCUAAGUUGGGCAACUGUGUAUCAGGCUUCGAGGGUUGGAGAGUGUAGGAUGUAUACUAGGCGUAAAAAGCAAAAAACAACAAGUGUUGUUGCUGCCCAAACUUCUAAAAAACAGGCAAUGGUUGUUGGAUCUUCAUCAAGGAAGCAAAAAACAGUCCAAGAAAAUGAUGAGGAUCUAGAUUUUGAGGAGAAUAUUGAUCUUGAAUCUGAAGAAGAAGAAAUCAUGGUCAAUUUUGAGGCGUCUGAUGGGGAAGAGGGAGAGGGAGAUGCUCCAUUACCAUAUGAUAACAACGAAGAUGAUUAUGUUGGGAUUGGAGAAGAUGAUUAGAGCCUCAACCUUCACUUUGCACUUUACAUUAUGUUUUUAUCAUUUUCUUUUUUUGAACUUUUUAAUGAGUUUAUUUGG